CCUAACACCCCGAUCUUGUGCUGAUUGUCCAACUGCUAUCAACCAUCACAGUCCAAUCAGCCGACCUGUCAGAACAACACACAUUUCUACCUCCUCCACACAAACCCUCCUCACUAUCAUCAUGACUGGACGCGGCAAGGGCGGCAAGGGUCUCGGCAAGGGUGGUGCCAAGCGCCACAGGAAGAUCUUGAAGGACAACAUCCAGGGUAUCACCAAGCCCGCCAUCCGCCGUCUCGCGCGCCGUGGCGGUGUGAAGCGUAUCUCUGCCAUGAUCUACGAAGAGACUCGCGGUGUGUUGAAGACUUUCCUCGAGGGCGUCAUCCGUGAUGCGGUCACAUACACCGAACACGCCAAGCGCAAGACUGUCACUUCGCUCGACGUUGUGUACGCCCUGAAGCGACAGGGCCGCACCCUGUACGGUUUCGGUGGUUAAGCGUCUGUCUACGUUCUGUCUUUGUUGAAAUGCCUGUUAUGAACUUUAGGUGGGCGUGCCACGCGUCGCGCCCUGUGGGCAUAUACUGCAACGCGCCUGGGUUUUUGCGUGUCCUUGGCCAUGGGAAGAUGAGCCAUUGUAUGGUGUUAUCAUGACGACUAUGGGAAACUGGUCUUUGCUAUUGAUUUGGUGUUUUGAUGUAUCAUAAGGGAAACAGGCGGCUCGUUUGGGAUCAAUCAACAUGGCUGUCAAGCCUUCCAUGAAUAAAUAUUCAAUAGUGUGCUGUGU